UCUUUCUCGCAUUUCCUUUCUCUAUUUCAUUCGAGGAAAAGAAAGGGAAAGAGAAAAAGGCGACUUCGGCCAUCCAAACAGCACCAGAACGCAAUCUCCCCUCGUCGUGAAUGGCGACUGGCUGGGUGAAAUCCCUGCAAUGCAAAUCAAGAGCAUUUGAAGACGUUUACCACCCGAGCCCAAAACCCCUCAAUCUCAUCCUCCCUACCUCCGGCUGCAGAAAGAGCUACCAAAGCCUUAAAGACGUGGUCGAAAAUACCCCCAAGAAACCCAAGAAAAGACACCCAAUACCUCCACCGCAAUCGCCUUCCCCACGCCCUGGCUCGACCCCAAAACCCAGGACCCGAGCCCCAGCGUGCCCACCUGCCCGAACCCGCUCCGGCCCCUUCUUCCCGACGCUGACCGAGCUGCCCGAGGGCCAUUCCUCUCGUAACGUGGUGGAGAUAAUCUUCCGUACGAGCUGGUGCCCGAAGUCGAUCCCGGGCAGGAUCGAGAUGAUGUUCAAGGUGCAGAACCUGCCUAAGACCGUCUCUCGAUUCGAGGAGUACAGAGAGAUGGUGAAAUCCCGGGCAGGUGGGGCGGGUCCGGGCAGCAGGAAGGAGGAGAACGCCCGGUGCGUGGCGGACGGGAACGAGCUGAUGAGGUUCCAUUGCGUGGGCCCCACGAACGGUGAGGUAUACGACGCCGGUGGACUCUGCACGUUCUCCGCGGGGAAAGGUGGGGCCAUCCGUACGUUCUCUGGUAGCGGUGGGGCCCACGAGACCGCGGGUGGGGGAAAGGGGAGGAGAGCGAUGCUGGUUUGCCGAGUCAUAGCGGGCCGAGUCUGUAAGGGGGUCGACUCGUUCUUGGAAGGUGGAGCGGUCGGAGGUGGCGGUUUCGACUCAGUAAAUGGGGAGAAUGGCGCACUUGUCGUGUUCGAUUCAAGAGCUCUUUUGCCUUGUUUUCUCAUCAUCUACACUACUUAAAAGUUUUUAUUUUUAUUUUAUUUUUUUAUUUUGAAGAAGAAAGAAAUGUUUCUGCAUUUUCCAGACUCUUCGAUUGUAGAUUGGUGAUGAGUAGGUAAAUGCUGGAACAUUUGUUUUUAGGAUUUUUUUUUUUUUUUUAAUUUUCAAUUUCGGAAAUUCGAGAAUGAGAUGGUGUACUUGGAGCUUCGGUGUAUACACUUGCAUUUCGAUGGUCUA